AUAUUUAUCUAGCUCAAUUCAGUUGCUUUCAAGAGUUGUUUUUCUAUUUGUGCUUGUAGCGAUAUCAUUAUUAAGGUUUAUUAACGGUAUAUCUUAGAUCUUUAUGCUUAUUUUACUUUGGACUGUUCAAUGUUAAGAGAUUUGCUACACAUCAAAACAAUAGCAUAAGACAAAGACAUGGCCCAAAUGGCCAAUAUCUUUAUCGUAGCUCUACUAUUACAAACUGGUGUAUUAUGUUUAGAGAUAUCAUUGAGGAAUGAUGGCCCAGCCGUCCGCGGGUCCAAUGUUACAAUAACAGCCACAGUUGAGGAGUAUGAUGGUGAAAAUCUGAAAUUUGUAUUCAGAGAUGAUGGAGUGCCACAGCAUAAUCAAGAAUUCAUAGCAUCAUCCAACACGUCUGUGUGGACCGUGGAGUACAACCGCGACCUGUAUGAGGCCGGCGAGUACACGGUCCACGUGGACCUCAAGCAGAAGUUCUUCUUCCCGAGCAUCUGGUACAUUGUGGCGAGCGCCACCACCACAUUCAAUUUAACCGAAACAUUAAAUGGGGAUCUAGUUCUCAGCCAAAACAACAUCGAGAGGCCAAACCUUUUCGUAGCCGUCAACCAAACAGUCACCCACCACAUCAAGCUCCCAGAAAACGAGUUGGCGUUCCUGAAACGAAAUGCCUCAUCCGUCGUGACAUACUGGUUCAUAGACUGCAUGUACAUAGAUCAGACACCGGAUAUGUCACUCAGUUAUAUGUACAAAGAGUCCAUGAAGAACCAUUUGGUAGACGUACUGGUGGUGGCUGAUCACCAACCGCUGCCUCCUCUGACUACAACGACAACAACCACCACCACCACCACCACCACAACCACUACUACCACGACUACUACUACAACAACACCUAAACCGACUACGGAGAAGCCGACUACCAAACCACCACCAACAGCUGUCCCAACGGUUGUUAGUUCUACCACAGCUACUCUACUGCCUAGUAACACCACAGAGGUGGCGAAUAGAACAGCUACGCAUACAGUGGCGAAAAGAGAAGCAAAAAGGCCGAAGCUCAAAAAGUUUUUAGUUGAAGAUGCGAUAUGUAAGAAUACUGGUAUAGUUCCGAUUGGUGAACAUUACACGUACGGGCAUUAUAAGAAGACGAUUAGUGUUAGAGAGCCAAUUUCGUCAGUGAACAUAACCGGCACGAACUGGCUGCAACACGGCGACCUGAUGAACUUGCAAGUAAAGUUCACGGGCACGCCUCCCUUCGACUACUGCACAGAGUACAAAGUGGGCUCCUACAAUGUGACCGGCAAUGAGACCUGUGCGGUCAAAACGAGGAUUACCUCCAAUGAGUUCCCAUUGGUCCAUUACUUCUCGGAUAGUGACCAGCAUACGGUGAUAGUGAUUAUAGAGAACGAAGUCGGCAAGACUGUUAGUCGCGCCGCUAUUAAUAUUUAUAAAGUGACGGUGCACUCGCAGUUGUCGGUGAUCGUGGUCCCGGUGGCGUUCUGUCUGCUGGCCGUCAUCCUCGUGGUGUUCGGAGUGGCCUACUACCAGCAUCGAUCCAGGUAUACAGUGGAAGUGGCGGACUUCGACUUCGGCCAACAAGCCCACCUGGACUACAAGACGUUCACAGAGCGGCUUCGUGACAGCUUCAGAAACGCAUUCAACUUCGGCCACCACGACGACCUGGAACCACUCACCAACAACACUAGUAGAUACAACACAAUGGAAUAAUGACAAAUGUAUUAGAAUUAGGGUUCGAAUUGUAUAGACCGUGGUCGUGUUGUUGAAACGGUUCUCAAACUGUUGUUGGUUUGGUGAAGACAGUUUGUUGGCUGACUUUGAAUAUUUAUGGUGAUGUGGGAUAUUCGCGGCUCGUGAGUAAUCAUCAAAAUACUGCCAAAUUAAGUAAGUAAAAUCAUUUUGCUUGUUUAUUUUUGGUAUUUUUGUACACAACAUCUGGGUCUACCGUCAUCAACCGAAUCGUGACAACAUUAUGUACAGCACAAGCUAAGGAUGAGAUUUUAUUUUGCAAAGUUUUGGUGUACUGAUUUCACAAUUUCGUCUUAGAGGGUGAUAUUUGGAAAGUUUAACCAGUGAAACUGACAUUUUUUUAGCUUUAUCUGAUAGAAUAAAAAAAUGCGGAAAUAUAGCAGGUGGCACCACCAAGUGCUUUCUUACGAUUGGUUCAGCAGUAGCCAUUUAGAUAUUCAUGCGAUAAACGCAAAUAAACUUAUGGAUUGGAGUUCUUUCACUUGGUAACGUUCUUACGUCAAGUGAAUAGUCUCAAAUUUACCAAAUUUAUACAUGUGAAAAGUCUCAAAUUUGUUGAGAAAUGAGUAAGAAAUCCAAGCCCGUUGAAUAGUUCUGAAUCCCUUUGUGGCGCUAGUGAGCAAAAUGAAAAUUUCAGAUUACAUUAUGCGUAAUUUUUUCCUUGUCAUAGACGUCAAAAUGGUCAAUGAAAAUAACUUCACAUAACUAAAUCUGGCGUUUUUAAAUAAGUUAUAGCACCGAUAAAAGGUUAGACACACUUUGAUAAUUAUGUCGACCAUUUUUAAUCCUGUUGUUAAAAUUAAAUAUGAAUGUGUUAGAAUGAAUGCGAUGUUUGUGGGUGUGUGUGCCAUUCCAUUUAUCGAUAAACCAUUGUCCACGUUUCCUAUCGAAAUAAAGCGCUAUUUAUAUUUUAUUAGCUUUUGUAAUGUUCGGACAAUUAUUACUAAUUAACGUAAGUACCUGUAUUGAUUUGUAACAUAGCAAAAUAACAUAAGAUUAGAGAACAACACAUGUUGGCCUGUCUAUUAGAAAGGAUAUCAUAUUAUUGUAUUUUUUUCAUCCUGGAAAUUUAUUUCAAAUACUUGGUUUAUUAAUCUAUUAAAGCAUUUAUACAUUGUUAAUAUUAUAGAUAUUUAUGUACAAUCAGAUAAGAAUUUUUGAUUUGUCAGUAAAUUUUGGUUUAUUUAUUUUAUAAAUAACCUUUUAUGAGCUGUAUAUUUUGAUUAGAAAGGCAACUAGAAAAUAAUAUUUAAACCCAAAGUUAUUUUAAAUUACAUUGCGUCUUUGACUUAUUAUAAUUAUAUUGUAGUUUAAGAUUGAUUCAUUACUUAAUAUUAAUUAUUAGCAUUGAUACAAUUUAACUAAAAUGAAUAUUUUUCAAAUUCCUUUGGCUAUUUAAAUUCGAUAGCUUAGAGACAAAUUAAAAUGGUGAUCAGUCAUGUUUUGUGAUAUAUUAGAUCGUAAUGAAGUUUAAUUAGAUCUAUAGUUUGUAAAUUAAGAUAAAAUAAGUAUUAUACCUACAUAUUACCUAAUAAUUUGAGGCGUAGAUAUAAAAUGUUAUUUAUAUUUCAA